CAAAGACUAGUCUCACAAUUACAAGGAGAACAGCUGAGGCUAAACUUAGAAGAAAUUCUGCAAAGAAACACAGGGGAAAUGUGUGUAAACUAUGUAAUUGGCUUCCUGAGGAAUACAGGACUAAUUAAAAGAAUUUAGUAUGAUCUUUUGUUUUGUUUUGUUUGUUUUGUUUUGUUUGCAUCCUAUUAGGAAAGGUUAGACUCCAGUACCACACUCCAGUCCAGUUGGUGGCGGUAAUGCACCAUUAAAGUUAGUUGCCAACCGCCAUAAAAACCGAAAGAAGAAGAAGAAGAAGAAGAAGAAGAAGAUGAUGGCUCUUCAUUUAGCAUCGUCAGCCACGUUGUUCCAGUCAGCAGACAGAAUCUGAUUAUAAACUGAUAUUUACAUUUACUCAAGAGGGACAGUAGAGACUUUUUUCUUCUUUGGCAAUAAUAGAGAUAACCUUUUCAAGACAUUGGCCACAUAAGUCUUUUCUACAGGACUUCACUGUAUGCACCUCUCAGGGAUCAUGGGAAUCUUGAUUAUCUUGACAACAAUUCUGCUUGCAGACCUCUCUACCACACUUGAUAUAAAGAAAAUAAAUGCCACGUUCAACACAACUGUGAGCUUGCCUUGUGAGAAGCCUUGUAGAGGUGAUGUUAAAUGGAUCAAAGUGAGACCUGUUCCUUUCAGAACAAUUGCUAUCUGUAAAAAUGGACUUUGUACUGUCAAAGAAAAAGAUUUUGAGAACAGAGCGACACAUAUUCUCUCUGGGAACAUCUCCCUCUCGCUCCAGCAAGUGGCACUUGGAGACGAGGGAUGGUAUGAAGGCUACUGUGAUGACAAAGUUAUUUGUGAUAUUACACUGAGCCUUUUACCUCACCACAAGAGUGUCUCGGUCCUGGUUGGUGAUCCUCUGAUCAUCAAUCUUCUAAGUUCAGAGCCAGUGAGAGUGACGUUUCGCAAGGCAGGUCUGAGCAACUCCACUGAUAAGCUGAUUUGUAUUGUGGAGGAAGCUGUGCCCUUAUGCGUCAGAGAAUACACCAGAUGUUCUGCCCAGAGCCACUUUGUGAUGUUUGCUGAUGUGACUCAAUCUGAUGUGGGAGUGUUCACUGUGACGCAUAGCAAGACCAAGAGAAUCUUCAACACAGUCAAUGUUGCAGUCAAAGAUGACUUGAAAAAAAAAGGUGAAUGCAGAUGUUGGUACUUCCAGGGAAACUAUAUCAGAUACUUGUCUGCUAUGUACUACUCCCGGGCAUAUCAUCCUGGUCGUUGUGGCUUUCAUCCUGACCUUCUUCUGGCACAUUAUUGCUUUCGCUAAAAGAACAUGGGGUAGAAUUGCAAAUCGUGUUCAGAACAGAAGAAAAAGGCAUCCCACUCCAACCAACCCAAAGUGUUCCAGGGGAAAGGAGGAGAUGAAUAGUUUAGCCUAAUGGAAAAUCUCCAUAUUGACGAAAGCCUUAGUACUCACAGUGCUCUUGUUUGUAAGUAUAAGUAUAUAUACUCUUUUGAUCCCGUGAUGGAAAUCUGGUCUCUGCAUUUAUCCCAAUC